GCCCCCGUGUACAUUCCCGAAGACAUUCCAAUCCCGCCUGACUUUGAGCUGAGGGAAUCGUCCAUCCCCGGAGCAGGGUUAGGGAUCUGGGCCAGAAGGAAGAAAGAGGUGGGAGAGAAAUUCGGCCCCUACACUGGAGCUCAGAGGUCAACGCUGAAAGAUCCGAACUUCGGAUGGGAGAUCGUUGACGAACUUGGCAACGUGAAGAGCUGUGUGGACGCCAGUCAGGCCGGCAGCGGGAACUGGCUCAAAUACAUCCGCUCAGCCCAUUCCUACAGACAGCAGAACCUGGUCGCUUGUCAGAUCAAUGACCAGAUUUACUACAAAGUGAUCCGCGAGGUGUAUCCCGGGGAAGAGCUGCUGGUGUUCAUGAAGGACGGGGUGUAUCCUGACGGCACGAUGCCACCCAGCCUCGAUGAGGACCAGAGGUACCAAUGCAACGACUGUGAUGAGCUGUUCCGGUCCAAGCUCGCCCUCCGGCGACACCAGAAGUAUUCGUGUCACAACGCAGACGCCAUCUUCACCGCCAUAAACCAGGAGUUCAAGCAGAGUCCGCUGGACGAGCUUCCCCUGCACGAGUGCAAGGACUGCGAUCGCAUCUUCCCCAACGAGUACAGCCUGGAACAACACAUGAUAAUCCACAGCGAAGAGCGGGAGUACAAAUGUGACCAGUGCCCCAAGGCCUUUAACUGGAAAUCCAAUCUGAUCCGUCACCAAAUGUCACACGAUAGUGGUAAACGCUUUGAGUGUGAAAACUGUGAUAAGGUCUUCACGGACCCCAGUAACCUCCAGAGGCACAUCCGAUCGCAGCACGUGGGUGCCCGGGCGCACGCUUGCCCCGACUGCGGGAAAACCUUCGCCACCUCCUCAGGCCUGAAGCAGCACAAACACAUCCACAGCAGCGUCAAACCCUUCACCUGCGAAGUCUGCCACAAAUCCUACACCCAGUUCUCCAACCUUUGCCGGCACAAACGCAUGCACGCAGACUGCAGGACCCAGAUCAAAUGCAAAGACUGUGGCCAAAUGUUCAGCACCACCUCCUCGCUCAACAAACACCGGCGCUUCUGCGAGGGCAAGAACCAUUACAGCCCAGGAACCAUGUUCCCUCAGGGCCUGUCUCUCACCCACAGCCCCUUGCUAGACAAAUCCAAGCCCUCGUCUACUCUCAAUCACACGCCCUUACCCUUCAGCGAUUAUUUCCCCUCCCGCCCGCACCCGGCAACCCUGCCUUUCUCCUCUCCCUUCCACGCUCUCGCUCCGGGCUUCCCGAGCCUCUUUCCACCCUCCUUGUACCCUCGCCCCCAGUUGUUGCCAAGCAAUCCGCUCCUCAAAAGCUCACUGAACCACGACCUCGAUAGGACCCUCCAGAGCCCGCUCGGGACCACCCCGUCCAUGUCACAGGGGUCUUCGCUGGUCUCGGUGUUCAACGAGAGGGUAGUCCCUCCUGAGGAGAAGUCCGAGGUGCACUCGGAAAACUCCUACACGGAGAAGGGCAAGGCCAAGGGGAGUGACGUGAGCGAGGGCAGCGACUUCGAGGACGUCAACACCACAAGCGGCACUGACCUGGACACCACCACAGGCACCGGCUCUGACCUGGACAGCGAUGUGGAGAGCGACCGGGACAAGAAGAAGGAGAAGGGCGUCCCCACGGCCAAGCCACCGGACAAGCUGGGGCUCCCGCCGGCCAACGCCAACAAUGAGAGGUCCUAUCUCCCGUUCCAGCAUUCCUUCUUCCCGCCACCGGACGAGCAGAACCUGCCCACCGGGGCCACCAACGACUCCAUCAAGGCCAUUGCCUCCAUCGCCGAGAAGUACUUUGGCUCCGGCUUCAUGGGGAUGCAGGAGAAGAAGAUGGCCUCGCUCCCGUACCAUUCCAUGUUCCCAUUCCAGCUGCUCCCCAACUUUCCACAUUCCAUGUACCCAUUCACGGACCGAAACCUCAACCCCAACCUUCUGGUCAAAAACGAACUCAAAUCCCCCAGGGAGUUCCAGAAGGUGGUGGGCCCCGAGUCGCCCUUUGACCUCACCACCAAACGGAAAGAGGUCAAGGUUCCCCCGGUUCCUCCCGGCAAACACGUGACGUCCUCCUUCCCCGGGGAAGAGCAGCCUCUGGACCUGAGCAUAAGUAACCGGAGCCGGGUCAGUCAGAACGGACCGGGGGAACCUCGCAAAAACCAUGUGUUCGGGGAGCGCAAGAUCAUGAUGAGUGACGGGAUGCCCAAGAUCCCUCACCCACAGACCCUCCAUUACGCCAAGCCCUCGCCUUUCUUCAUGGAUCCCAUCUACAGCAGGGUGGAAAAGAGGAAAAUGAUCGACCCCAUGAACUCGGUAAAGGAGAAGUACCUGCGUCCGAACCCCCUUCUCUUCCACCCUCAGAUGGCCGCUAUGGAGACCAUGACUGAGAAGUUGGAGAGCUUUGGUGCACUGAAGCUGGACCCAAUGGGGGUCCUGCAACCCCCUCCCCACCACGCUUUCAACUUCCGAUCGCCGCCCUCCGCCCUCUCGGACGCGAUCCUGCGGAAAGGAAAGGAGCGCUACACAUGCAGGUACUGUGGGAAGAUAUUUCCAAGGUCGGCAAACCUGACCCGGCACCUCAGGACCCACACAGGGGAGCAGCCAUACAGGUGUAAAUACUGCGAUAGGUCGUUCAGCAUCUCGUCCAACCUACAGCGGCACGUCCGAAACAUCCACAACAAAGAGAAACCCUUCAAGUGUCAUCUCUGCAACCGCUGCUUCGGCCAACAGACCAACCUUGACCGUCACCUCAAGAAGCACGAGAACGAGAGUAUUCCAGUGAGCCAACACUCCGGGGUCUCAUCUAACCACCUGGGCACCAGCGCGUCUUCCCCAAACUCCGAGCCGGACAACAGCGCACUUUUGGAGGAGAAGGAGGACUCGUACUUCUCGGAGAUUCGGAAUUUCAUCGGGAACAACGACUUGAGCAAGGCUUCUGGUUCCAGUGAGAAAAGGCCUGAGGCGCAAGUGACCACAAGUCAGCAGCCGGGCCACCCGCUGACCAGCCAGAAGGCCGAGGAGGCGGACGAUGAGGAAGAGGAGGAGGAGCUGGAGGAGGAAGAUGAAGAGGAGGACGAGAGCCUGACGGAAAAGUCCCAGGACGAUCCCGUCUCGCCCAAGGUCGAGGUCAGAGCAGCGUUCAGAGAAACCAAGGAGGAGCUUCCUGCCCCACUGACAAUGGGAUAUGAACAUUCCCGCAGGUGUAUUGCUGAGAAUGAAGCUGGCCUGUUGGCUUUGGAGCAGACAGAGCCUUUCACAAAAGGGCUGGACCUGCGCAAGGCAGCAGAGGAGCAGUAUCAAGUUAAGGAGGCCGCGAUCUUUAACCCAACCUUAGACUCCGAAGCAAUAAAAGAGACACUGUACAGGCAGGCUAAAACUCAGGCUUACGCCAUGAUGCUCUCGCUCUCCGAGAACAAUUCCCUUCAUCCGUCGUCGCAGAAUUCUCUGGACGCUUGGCUGAACAUGGCAGGAGGUGCCCAGGAGACUGGCACAUUUCACCCAAUCAAUCAUGUAUGAAAGAGAGAGAGAAGGAGAGAACGAAAGAGAGAGAGAGGAAGAACACGGAGGAAGAAUGCUGCUCCCGACGUAUUUGGGGAGGGAGAUAGGGG